AUGUCGUUGAAGUCGAGGAUGGAGAAUUCAAUGGUUGUCGCAAAUGGGAAGGUUAACAAACAUAUACCUAAUGAUCUUAUCUUCUUUGUUCUAUCUAAAUUACCUUUGAAGUCUUUGAAACGUUUUGGAUGCGUAAGUAAAUCUUAUGCCCUUUUAUUUGAAAACCCUAAUUUUAUGAACAUGUAUUGUAACAAUUUCAUUUCGAAUAGUCCUUCUUAUUGUGAUGAUACUUGUCUCCUUUUACAAGAGAUUAUCUCGCCUAAUUCUACUGAAGAACAUUCUGUGAUGUAUUUGCUUUCUGGCGAGAGGUUUGAGAACGUAGUCAAAAUUGAUUUACCGCCUCCGUUUUGCAAGGAUGACUAUGAUAUUCAUAUUUUAGGUUCUGUUAGUGUUAAUGGAACUUUCUGUCUCAUGCAACUAGAUAAAUAUUUUUUAUUAUGGAACCCAACUACAGAGGAAUUCAAAGCCAUUCCACCUAGCACUAUUGAUCUUGCACCACCUGAUCUAGAUCAUUUUUGGGACAAACAUGGAUUUGGUUAUGACCAUGUCAGAGAUGACUAUAAAGUGAUUAGAUGUGUAGAACUUGAUCCUGAUCUAAUCGAGUCUUUCUGUGAUAAUCUUGGUGUGGAACAUACACUGAUUUUGGAAGAUUUCUUUGAUGCUCCGUCAUGGGAGAUAUACAGUCUAAAAAGUAACUCUUGGAAGAAACUUGAUUUCAAAUUACAUGUUAGGAAAAUAGAUGGUGCUCGAGCAUACAUGGAUGGAAUGUGUCAUUGGCACGGUGGAGACCGGGGAAGUAUUAUGGGACAAUACUUGGUGUCAUUUGAUUUGGUAAACGAUGUGUUCAUUACGAUACCCAUUCCCUCAUACAUGAAAUUUGACUGGUGUUUUGAAUUAGUGCACUUGAUGAUGUUAAAUGGAUCUAUUGCUUUCAUUUCUAAUCACAGAAACACUGCUUAUGAAAUAUCAAUCUUGGGAGAACUAGGCGUCAAAGAAUCAUGGACUAAACUAUUCACUGUUGAUCUCUUACCUUUGAUUGAGCGUCCUAUCAAAUCAGAUACUGACCUUAUAUUCUUCGAAAGAAAAAGAGAAGGAGAAGGACUAUCCUGGUUUAAUUUGAACACUCAAAUAUUUGAGGAGCUUGAUGCGAAAGGACAACAUGUUCAUUAUCAUGUAGCAAUUUAUAAGAAAAACCAACGUAGGAUUGAAUAA